CUUCCGCCUUUCGGCUCUUCUUCUGCCGGCUGGUUAAAUUUAGGCAUUGAGGCGUGAGAGUACUGUCAAUUUAGGCUGUUUGGGAUUAUCACCUGCUAUAUUUCACCAGUCUCGUUAUACAUUCUACCUUGGCGCGCUGGGGUCCCAAAACCGGUAAAACCAAAAACUGUUAGUCGUGAUGUGACACACAGCCGAAGCGGACACUUUCUUCGCUGGGUGAUCGAGAUCGAGUUUUGUCGUUUGGAACCGCACUGGCCGCGUCUCAGAAAUAUUCAACCGUCAUGUCGUCGUCUGGCGAGAUUCAGACUGCCCUGUGCAAGCUGCUUAUGGUGAUUGCGAUCUUUGGAGUGGUAGGAGCACGCGAUUACAUCACCGGAUCCGUUCGGUUUACCUUGUUCAACCGGGAGCAACAAGAGUGGAUAACGUUGUCCAGCAAUGACAGCGACUUCGAUGCCAACGGAUGCAAUCCGAAGGAACCGUUUGCCGUCAUUGUGCACGGAUGGCGCGAGGGAACCUACACGGAGUGGAUCAACGAUAUGAAAAACAACUUGACCACUUACAGAAGAGGGUGUGUCAUGUUUAUGAGCUACGCCAACGACAACCGCAAGUUGGACUAUUUCGGUGAGCUGGUGCCAUACUUCAAGUAUUUGGCUAACGAGCUGUACACUCAUCUCCGAAGAUUGGAAUCGAUUGGAUUCGAUCCGGCCACAGGCUAUAUGUUUGGCUUCAGCUUCGGUGCCCAUCUUGCGAUAGAGGCCGGAAGAAGACUUGGACUAAAAAAGCUGGAACGGCUUGAUGUAUGUGAUCCGGCUGGACCUGGUUUCGACAGUGACGGUGAGUAUUCUCUGCUGGAUCCUAGAGAGGCAGCAAAGCGAGUGCAGUGUAUUCACACCAGUACAAAGUACGGCACCAGUCGCCGUAACUGUCACACUAAUUGGAGUAUGGGCAAUUGUGGAAAGGAUCAACCGGGUGCUGGAAAAUAUCCGAAGGGUUCGCACGGAUUGUGUCCACAUUUUUACAACAGUGCAUUCGAACACGACUUCUAUGCCGUACCGAAGCCGGACGCGUGCUCUUCGGUGCGCUAUACCGGAAUCUGGCCACGUGGAUACAAGAUGGGUUACUUUAGCGAUACGAGCAGCGAUGUCGAAGGGGAACUAUUUUCACCGACUACAAAAUACUAUCCGUACAACAACGACACGGUGCUGAAUGAAAUUUAGUGGAUGAUGUAGGCAAAUAAAAGGACUGCAUUGAAAAAUAUGUUUCAAUCGGUUUGCUUUACUAGAAUAACUCUAAUAAAAUUAUUUAUUUUAUCUUUGAA